UCCUUUGCGACAAGGUUCUCCCGUUUGUGCCGGAGAGAUAUCGGCAUCUCACCCCUCGUCUCGAGCUCUCCUUUUCACCGUAUUAUCCUCCUGUCAAACAACCCGUCCGAUUGAUCUCGCGCGAGAGAGAACGAAGGUAAGGAACGCGAUCUUUCUCGCGCGCGCAAGAUAUGCGAUGAAAAUGGAUUCGGAGCGUCUCGAAAAAUCCAAAGACCCCUAAUCGCGCCCUUUCGCCAUCGUUUCCCCGCGAGAGUAUCCCCUCAUCUGAAAAUGCGCGAGCUCUCGCAAGCGAAACGACGCGGGUGGCUUGCGCGAUUCGCCUGAGAGAGGAAUCUGGCCGCGCGCGUCUUGGAGAUCAUCGUUCGUCUAACGGAUAACGUUAGGAGGAAAAAUCUUCCGCGGGAGAUUUCGAAAGAGAGUCUCUGUAAAAUACGACGCGGGGGAGGGAGAGGCUCGAGGAGAGGAAAGGCAAGGGACGACGGAACGGGCAUGGGUCUGACGGAUACCAGUUUCGAGCUACUCUUGACCCUGUGGCGAGUCUUCGUCGUGGGAGUCCUGCCGUGGACCGAGGAGCCGCGCGGUCAGUGUCGCGGUGUCUCGCCGAGCUACAACAUUCACGGUGACACCGUCGCUCGUUAAUCGUCCUCGGCGUGAUACUCGAUACCGAAAGGAUGUCGUUGACGGUGGUGAAGAAUAUCGCGAAGGGCGGCGGCGGCGGCGGCGGCGGCAACGGCGACAGCGGCGACGGCAGAGAGACCUGGUCGGGGAAGCUGGAUUUCUUGCUCUCGGUUAUCGGUUUCGCCGUCGAUCUCGCUAAUGUAUGGCGAUUUCCGUACCUUUGCUACAAGAACGGUGGUGGCGCAUUUUUGGUCCCCUAUUGCGUGAUGUUGGUGGUCGGCGGUAUUCCUUUGUUUUACAUGGAGCUCGCACUUGGUCAGUUCAACAGAAAGGGUGCUAUCACGUGCUGGGGUAGACUUGUGCCGCUUCUCAAAGGUAUCGGAUACGCGGUCGUUCUGAUUGCGUUUUACGUUGACUUUUACUAUAACGUUAUCAUCGCCUGGUCGCUCCGGUAUUUCUUCGCCUCGUUCUCCACGAUGUUACCGUGGACGACUUGCGACAAUCCUUGGAAUACGCCGCUGUGUCGCGAAUUCGACGCAAACAUCUCAUAUACUUUCGAGGAUGCAAUGAUCAACGAGGUAAACGAGAAUAUCGGAAAUGUCACCCGAUUUCUGGUCGAUCAAAGAUCGGACGCUGCUCCAAAGGAUAACCAUACGAGCGCUGCUCAUGAAUACUUCAACCGCGCUAUCUUGGAGCUACACGAAAGCGAGGGCUUACACGAUCUCGGAGCCAUUAAGUGGGACAUCACGCUAUGCUUGCUCGUAGUCUAUCUGGUCUGCUAUUUUUCUCUGUGGAAAGGCAUCUCGACUUCCGGCAAGGUAGUCUGGUUUACCGCUCUCUUCCCUUACGCAGUCUUGCUGAUUUUGUUGAUAAGGGGUGUCACUCUGCCGGGUAGUACCGAAGGCAUCCGUUAUUAUCUUAGUCCAAAUUUCACUGCUAUCACGAAAGCUGAGGUGUGGGUGGACGCCGCGACGCAGGUAUUUUUUUCUCUAGGUCCAGGAUUCGGUGUAUUGCUGGCUUACGCGAGUUACAACAAAUAUCACAACAAUGUUUACAAAGACGCCCUAUUGACGAGCUUGAUUAACAGCGCGACGUCCUUCGUCGCCGGAUUUGUUAUAUUCUCGGUGCUCGGUUACAUGGCCCACGCCAGCGGAAAAUCCAUCCAGGAUGUCGCUACGGAAGGACCGGGUUUGGUCUUUAUCGUCUAUCCGGCAGCCAUCGCCACUAUGCCCGGUUCGAUGUUUUGGGCGCUCAUCUUUUUCAUGAUGUUACUCACACUCGGUUUGGACAGCUCGUUUGGCGGCUCGGAGGCGAUUAUAACGGCACUCAGCGACGAAUUUCCUAUAAUCGGCAACAAUCGUGAGAUUUUCGUGGCAUGCUUGUUCACUCUAUACUUUCUGGUCGGACUUGCCUCUUGUUCGCAGGGCGGAUUUUACUUUUUCCACUUGUUGGAUCGAUACGCGGCCGGAUAUUCGAUGCUGUUCGCCGUUCUGGCAGAAACCAUCGCGGUCAGUUGGAUCUACGGAACAGACCGAUUUUGCGCCGACAUUAAAGACAUGAUCGGAUUCAGGCCCGGCGUCUACUGGCGCGUAUGCUGGAAAUUCGUAGCACCACUCUUUCUGAUGUUUAUUAUCGUCUACGGCUUAAUGGGUUACGAACCAUUAUCAUACGAAGAUUACAUUUAUCCGGUUUGGGCAAAUGUACUGGGAUGGCUGAUCGCGUGCUCUUCUAUCGUCAUGAUCCCAGGUAUGGCAAUCUACAAAAUCUGCACUACACCCGGAUCUUUCAUUCAAAGAUUAAAGAUCCUGACGACGCCAUGGCGGGACACGCAGCAUCAGAGGAAUGACUUGUCCUCGGUAGCGAAUGGUGCUAUUCGUCGAAGUUUCUUGGCGGAGCAAGAUUUUGAAAUUACCAAGGACCACGAAUUAACCAAGGAACAGACGGAGGUAAUGAUUCAAUCUCGAGAGGGUGUCAAGGGGAAUGAUCCACCCCCCGAGCCAGUCUAGGACAGUGCGGUUGUGAUUUUGCACGGUGCCCGGUUCCAAGUAUACCUCUGCUAGAGGACGAUCGCCGAGCAAGGUCCUACGAUGACGAUAAUGACAAUUCAAAUAAAAACAAGGAUCAAUCUUUUACACGGAUCGAACAUGCAUGCGUGUCGCUUAAAUUUUAGAAUACCGGUUUGAUUUUGACGAUAAAAUACUCUCUUUGAGUUAUCGCAGUUGGACUAUUCGCGCGUAUUUGGAUUCCGCUUUAUUCCUUCCGUGGAUGAGAACAGAGCAGAAUCCUAUUUCGCGUAUUUUAUUGUGAUGAAAACCGUCGUAUAGAUAUAGAAUAAAUCGAAAAGAUCUGUAGAGAAGAGAUCGGAUCGGAUCGCAACGCAAUAUACGUCAUACAAUAAUCGUCAGCCUCAGUUUCCCUCGGAUGGGAUGCUCUGGCGAUAACUUCUCCCUCUCUCCCUACCAUCCCCUGUAAAUAUAAUCACAAGGAAACGCAUGAAAUUGGAGAUGAAAUGUCUAGCAAACAAGCAAUUGAUGUAUGCAUUUCUUCUAACGAAUGAUAUUUGUCGAGCUAUUAUUAAGCGGGAAUUGCACCAUCUGCCCCCACCUUACCUAUAAUACCUUGGACGACAGCUUUAAAUUUAGGAGAACUGUUUAUGCUAUUUAUUUAAUUUAGCGUAGUCUAUGAAACAUCCCCGCGUCGGCUUGCUGGCGAUGGAUUCAAGCAAUUAAUAAGAAUUACUAUCUUUGGCACAAGCUCCCUUUCCCUAAAGAGUUUUUAAUCAUUUGGCACUAUCACGAUUUGAGAAAUGAAUUUUGUUGCUUAAUAAAAUCAUUUAUUUCUCGGAUCGAUGCAGAUUAUAUAAUCGCAUAAAAUAUUCGUAUAUAAAAAUGUUACAUAGAGAAGAGAUUAUAAUGCUAAGAUAUUUUAAGAGGAAAAAAGAGAUUAUACGAUCUCGAUUAAUUGAAUGUGAUUAACGAUUCCUUCCCUGGAUCGUACCGUUGUCUAUAAAAUGGAAAGGGAAUGGAAUUGAGUUGAUCACGUGAUUAACGUUAAUCGUUAUCGUCGGUGCUUCAGCGAGUUAGAAAAAUUACAUUUCCGUUUGAUCAAUCAAACGCUCGUCAUUCAGGCUUCGUAAGCCUGGACGGUAAAUGCUGUGUGGACUAUACGCAAAAUUAUUAUAUCACCGGUAAGAUCAAUUAUCUGGUUGAUCAAUUUAUUAAAUCUUAUUGCCGGUGUAAGUAAAAAUAAAUGCUUCAUUGAUAUUGCGCUCAGUCCUGUAUCAAAUAACACGAUAGAACGAUCCAUUUUUUUUUACAUAAUGCUACUAUUUUCCAUCAUGCUUUCAUUUUUCUAGUCAUGAUAAUUACACACAUACACACAUGUAUAUUAUCUGAUUAUUAUAUAUGUUCAUUAAAAAUCCAGGAAUAUAUAUAACGACACUUUUCCCAAUGACUAGAAAAUUGAGCUAAUCGUUUUAACAUUACCACGACUUUAUCUAUAUUAAUAAUUCAUCAUCAUACGUUGAAUUGUUCGUUUAAAUAAUUGAUCCCAUAUGACGCGUCUAUUCGUCGAAUCUAAUACGUGCCAAAUUUUCAUUGCAUCGUAACAUCGAUGUGUAAUAUGUAGUCACAUAAUCUAGCAUAAACAUUCGUAAUAUCAUCGUAUUUCACGCGCACUUGAAGUUAAAUGCGGCCUGAUUCUCUCAAUUUUAGACGUUAAUUCCAGAGACAACAUUCAGUGCGUAACUAGAGUCAAAUAGCUACAUUUACGGUUAUUUUAUGUGCGUUUAAAUCUUUGCAGUUCAAACUAGUUUUGAUGGAUAAAUCUUUCUUAUCUUGUUUUAACAUCAAAACAAAUCUGCGAUUGUUAACAAUCAUAUAUACAUUUCAGAUAUUUUUUUGUCUUUGAUAUAAUUAUUAUUAUUGUUAUCAACGAAAAAAAAUAACACAUACAAGUGGAACAUAAAAAAUUCUAAAAUUGUAUGCUGAUUACAACUAUUAACUAUAAUUUUGACUACAACGAUAUGUGAGGAAUCGUCACAUCGAAUGAUCUUUAUAAUACGAGGCUGUAAAAGAUGAAAUGUAUGCUACGAAUACAGGUCGAUUCGUGUGGAUAAACGCAUUGUGUGGGUUUCGUAAAGGAAUGUCGGCGACCGGAUACUCAGUAGUAAUUUCUAGUAGUUUGACAAAUCGUAGUAGUUAACGAGUAUUCAAACCCUAACGUAUGCUCUACUUGUCUAUCUACUUCCACACAUAUGUAUUAUCGUGCGGUAACUAGGGCGACAAAUCGUUUCCUAAUUCUCACACAUAAUGUCACAUAGCGCGUAAUCUCCCCUUCGUUCGCGAUACGAAUUCUGCUAUGAUUACGACAGAACUGUUCAUCAUUAUUCAGCAUUAACCGACAUAUAUUAAUUGAUAUAUAGUAUAGAUAUUCGAUGCAUAUUCCGAGAUAUGUAAAUAUCCUCCGAUACGAAUGUUUCUAAAUGUCUGAUUGAGUGGCUGCUUUUUUUUUUAAUCUAAACAAUUACCGGAAAGCUAAAAGAGACAUUUACAAUAAUUGCUAUUUUUUUUUGUAUUAACAUACAUAUACUAAUUUUCAUAUUUUUCUUUUUUUAGAAAUUUAUUUUUUCCGAUUUUUUAAGUCAAUCAUUAUAUAUUAUUCUUUGAUAUAAAAAAUUAUUUUAUGAACAGCUCUACAGCAGGCAUCGGAUAAUAAUAAAAUUUGAAUUGUGGGAUAUGUUCAGCCAACAAAUAUGUUAAAAAAAUAUAUGUAUAUAUCGCGUGCUACAUCAUCGCGAAUUCGCGCAAAAAGAUCGAAGAGAUCGGAGGCUGGGCUGCGCUACUUGAGUACAGAUAAGAUACAUCAUCUAGCCCCACUGACCGGUAAAAGGCGACCGGAAAUAGGAAUAAGCAUUUCGAAAAAUCGUCGUGAUAGUGAAUCGUUAGAAUCUUGCACGCGAUCGCGGUCUCCUCUUCCCUUUUCCUCCCCUACCUCACCCCGCGCGGUUGCGUGCGCGAUAUAGUUUAUAGUGAUCGUUGUUUAGAUACAGAGAGAGGUAUAUGUAUCUAUAUAUAAACACACAUGUAAAAAAAUAUAUAUGUAUAUAUAUAUAUAGUGUAUAUACAUACAUACACACUUUAUAUACAUAUAUAUAUAUUUUUUAUACACACAUUGCAUCCAAGUUGCCACCGCAGCCAUAGGUAGCAACUCGGAUCUUGUUAAUACUUGUUGAAACGAUUUCCUCCACGGCGGGGAAUUCCUCUUCUGCAAGUUAAUGCGAAAAAAAAAAUCGCGUCGCGACUUGGAUAAGAUUCUCUCCUUUUCCUCUCCCUCCCAUUAUUGGCGAUCAUGCCCGCCCAAGAGCCAUAUUGGGCUGACAUCCGCUGAUAUAUAAUUGCACACGUCGAAGAAGAUUUUGCACCGCUUUCAAUUACGAUAAUAUUGUCGCACAGCACUCUCUAACUUAUGCUUUAGUAGUUAGUAGUUAGUAUUUAUUAAUUGAUGCUAUUUUAACGCUAUAUUAAUAACAUAUAUUAGCGUAUAUAUGUAUAUUGUUGAUAGUAAGAGAGAUUGACAUGUUUUGUUAUUAUUAUUAUAUAAAUUAUUAUUAUAUAAUUAUUAUAAUAUAAAAUGAAGAAUAAUUAUAAUUAGAUAUUUCUUUAUCCUGCCUGAAUUAUGUAGGCGAGAAAAUCAUGUAUUAUUUGUUGAAAAUCAUUAAUGAUUUUGUACAAAAACGAUGGCCAUGACUGAGUAAAUACUCUUAGGGCAUUGUAAUACAAUAAAGUAACAAAUUAUAAUACGAUAUAAUACAAUUUUGUAUUAGUUACAUAUAUAUGUUUAUAUAUAAAGACACAUUUAUUUAUUAACAUUUAUUCAUUACAAGGAAAUGAGAAGGAAUUUUUUGCUAAUAAUGGCAAAACGAUAUAUAAAAGAAAUGGAAGAGUGAUCGACCUGAUAGCGCAUGGAGCGUGAGAUCUCUCACCUAUAUAUGUGUGUAUGUGUCUCUUUGUUUGCAGAAUCCUUCCACUACUACUACAUAAAUUGCCAUUUUGUGUGCGAUGUUAUUUCGAAGUUAAGCGGUGCAAAAUUGAUUUUGACGUGUGCAUAUCCUUCCUAAGCUACGUGUCGUAAUCUGCUCGAAGACUGCUGCAGCCGCGGCUUGGAGCUCGACCCUAAUUAGCGAUAACCCGCUACGGCGACGCUAGCGUUACGCAUGUAAGGAUGAUUUUGUCAAAUAAAAAAUUUUGUUCUCUAAAAGAA